CAGAUAUUCACAGGGGGGAGAGGAACGGGGCAGAGUUGGGGAACUGAGUGGACACAGCAAGAGGAAGAACUGAAAUUAUUUCAUGCUCAACACUUAAAUACAUAUUGUUGUCACUGGACAUGACAGGUCAUACAUCAAGCAUGCCUUUGUCAGUGUUGACAUGCAUGCUUCUGUGUGCCCUGGUGCAUGGAGCAGUGUGUGCCUGUAUGCUGAAGAAUCACACCCUAUGGAUUGAGAGUGACGACUGUGCCCAGUGUGUGGCCAUCAGCACCACCAUCUGCAGCGGCUACUGUUACACACAGGACACCAAUUUGAAGGGACGCUUUGGGAGGAGUUUCCUGAUCCAGCGCAGCUGUGUGCCUCUCUCCCUGGUGUACCGACCCGUCCGUGUGCCAGGCUGCCCUCAGGACGUCAACCCACAGCUGUAUUACGCUGCUGCCCGCCGCUGCAGCUGCAGGCGCUGCGACACGCGCACACACCACUGUGUCCGCACCCGCCGGAUCCCUAACGAUACAUGCACCCUGACCCUUGGCGAUGUGACAAGUCUGGAAACAUCCCGCCGUGGGAACGUGACAGCGUCCUGACACCAGCAACGCACACGCAUGGCAUAAUGAUACACCUGAUGGACCAGCGGCGUUUCUGUGUCCUGACUGUGUUAUGCAUCUCAGCAGUUCAUGUUGCUUUCUCUAGUUUGUUAGGCAAUGUAUUGCAAUAAAAC